AUGCAUGGUGGCAUGCAAGGCAUCGAGCAGGGCAGCAGGCGUCAUCGUCAGAUGAAGAGCACUAGUAAUAACGGAGGUACCAGUGGCUCGAAUCGCCACCGACUGUACAGCGAGCGGCGGACAGCGGUAGGCUCGGAAGCGGCAGCCGAGACAGCAGAGAGAAAUGCAGGGGCCGGCACGGAACCAGCGGGCACGGCAGCAGCGGGUACUGCAACGGCAGGCCUGGAAGUGGCGGAUACUGAAGGGGCGGGUACAGCAGAGGCGGGUGCGGCAGAGGCGGGUGCGGAAGUGGCGGUUGCGGCAGAGGCGGGUGCGGCGGCGGCAGGCACAGCGGUGGUGGGCACGGCUGCAGUGGCAGGCACAGCAGUGGGAGCGGCGGCAGCGGGUACAGCGGCGGAGGGCACAGCGGCAAUAGGUACUGCGGCAGUGGGUACGGCGGCCGCGGCACUGCAGUGGGCACGUCAGCAGCGGCCGGCACAGUGUCAACAGAUACUGCGGCGGCAGGCACAGCAGUGGGCACAGCGGCCGGCACAGCAGUGGGCACGUGAGCAGCGGGUACAGCAGCGGCGGGCACAAUGGCAAUUAAGGCGGCUGCGGGUACAGCAGUGGAUGCGGCGGUAG